GUGGUGCUGACGGACCUCAGGAGCCCGGCCGGUCCCCUGAGCGUGGCCCAGUGCGGCGUGGCGCCUGCGCCCGGUUUCCGUGGAGUAGCGCUCCUGGCCGUCUCUUUUGCGCCUCUGCUGGAGGAUCACUUGGCCGUGUCUGGUUUCGACGGGAUCGUCCGCAUCUACGAGACGCACCAGUGGGAUUCUGCGACGCAGGAAGCCCAGCCCACGUUCCUUCACAAAGGACACGUCUUUGGUGGACCCGGUGGGGCCAGAGAGCCGCCCCUGGUGACCGCUCACACAUGGGAUCUGGGGAAAGGAGGGACGUGUUCUCACCUCUGCUUUUCCCUUUCCAAAGGUUUCGACGGGAUCGUCCGCAUCUACGAGACGCACCAGUGGGAUUCUGCGACGCAGGAAGCCCAGCCCGCGUUCCUUCACAAAGGACACGUCUUUGGUGGACCCGGUGGGGCCAGAGAGCCGCCUCUGGUGACCGCUCACACGUGGCACCCCUCUAAGCCACGGACGUUGUUAUCGGCAGCCAGCGACGGGUCGCUCCACGUGUGGGACUGGGCUGAUCCCCAAGGGGGCGCCACCCAAGCUACAGGGUUUGCCCCCUGAAGUCCGCCAUUGUUACAAGCAAACGGGGAACAUUCAAGGAAGGUGUUCGCGCAUAACCUCUAGGGCCCACUCCCCCCCCCACAAAGCAUCUCCAAUUAGCGGUGCUGUUUCCUGCGGCUUGCACUCCAGGGGCUGGAUCUAGCCUGGUGGGAGACGGGAGGAGAGCAGCGAGAAGCAGAGAAGGGGACACAGUGCGAGGGUUUAUGUUGUGAAUGCAGGGCGAGUCCUUGCCCCACUGAGCCUUAAAAUGUGAGUGGGGAAGGCCUGACCCCUAGCAAGUGUCCAUUAGAGAUGGGAUCUGGGGAUUACAGAUCCCAUAAUUCUCCAGUCUGGAUGUUCUACAUGACAGGCAGACACUGUACAGAUGCCGCAAUGUGGCUCACCUGGGACAAAGGCCACAUCCACCCAGAGUGGCCUUGGGCUAGAUGAGCAGUAUACAAAUCGAAGGAAGGAAUAAACAAAUGAAUAAAUAAAAUAAACUGGGAGGCUUUGAGGCUGAGCUAGGCCUAGCUGUGCCUAGCUUCCUGUUCAGAAAGAAAACUCCCAGCUAGCCCUGGGGCAGGAACAGGAAGUUUGGUGAGAGCUAGGCCUAGCGAGAUCUCAAGUUGAG